GUGGCGCUUCCGUUUUUGAUGAUUCACUGCUGAUUUGUCCAGAUUUCACGACGAAAACCUCCUGGUUUCAAAGCAAUCAAGCCGAAUAAGAGACAGAUUUUUAUUCUGAUUCUACUACUUCUACGAUUUACAUUACAAGCAAAGGAAUAUUGAUAAUAAAGAAUGAAGUUGUUCAGUUUAGCAGUUCUGUACAGAAAUAAUGAGGACAAAGCAGUUAUCUUGUCAUCUUAUCAAGAUUUAACAACAUUCAGUUUUUUCCAAAGAAGCAGCUUUCAAGAGUUUAUGCAAUUUACCAGUAGGCUAAUCGCUGAACGGUCAAAUAUGGGAGACAGAUCAUGUGUAAAACACGAGGGUACGUAAAUCUCAACACGUAAUCAGUGGUAAUUAAUAACAAGAUAUUUUAUAUAUUUUGUUCAAUGUAUUUCGCAUUGAUUUUUUAAUUCGUAGAAUAUGUAGAAACCAAAAUUUCUUUCCAAAAUGGACUCAUUAUUUGGAAAGCUAAUUAAUUCAACAAAAUUAUGUUUAGUAUUAGCGUCUAGUGAGAGUUACUCAUGGUCUUUUACACCUCUUUGUUAUAUAUUUUGCAUCAUUAGUAAGGCUUAGCGUUGUUUGCGUCCACGUACAACAACAAAAAAAUAUCGAUUUAGAUAAUUAUUUUCAUCUCUUACUUAAAUAGAAAAGUACGUGAUAGUUUACAAAUAUUCUGAGAUGUUUGUUUGUCUUUUUUUAUAUUUUUUGAUAUUCAUAUUCUUUUUUUUAUUGUUUCAAAUCUGUCUUUUAAAUUGAUUGAUUAACUUUGAAUCAUUUUUCUCUAGACUACAUGUGCCACUGCUAUAUUAGAAUGGAUAACUUAACGGCUGUUUUGAUAUCUGAUUUUGAAUAUCCGAAAAGAGUCGCAUUUACUAUGAUGAAUAAAGUAUUAGACGAUUUCUCAAUUAAAUAUCCACCAUCAGCAUGGACUAGUGCUGGGGACCACUCUCUUACAUUUCCAGAAUUAGAGCAAUUUUUAACAAAAUAUCAGAAUCCUAAAGAAGCUGAUGGAAUGAUAAAAUUACAAACUGAUCUAGACGAAACAAAGAUCAUAUUGCAUGAAACCAUCAAUAAAGUAUUGCAGAGAGGAGAAAAAUUAGACGACUUAGUCGAUAAAAGUGAGGCUCUUAGUAUGCAGUCGAAGGCGUUUUAUAAAACUGCUAAGAAAACGAAUCAAUGUUGUAGAAUAUUAUGAAGAACUACAAACUUCGCUAGGGCCUUUUGUUCUAAAUAUAUAAAAAUUUUAUUUAUAUAUAAUAUAUUUAUAUAUUGUAAUAUAACAUUAUAUAUAUAUAUAUAUAUACUGUAUAUAUAUAAUGUGUUUAUAAAUAUAUAUAUAUAUAUAUAUAUAUCUUACUUAUAUUGUCGACAUAGAAUCGUUAUCAAACGAAAUUGUAAAGAAAAUUGUUUAGAUGUAUUUAGUAUAUAUUGUUUGGAUAUCCGCUUAACUAUGUUGUAUAAAUUAUUACGAUAACUUAAUUUCCCAUAUAUUCCUGAAUGUUCCCCACAUAGAAAUGCCUUUAUCGAUAAAAGAGAAAUAUUUUUUGAAACAAUUUUAAGUUAAUAUAAAGCAGCGAAAAAGGAAAAUCCCAAAAGAAUGACCUGUACUUGAAAAUUUCACUUUUAAAAACAGCUUAAAAAAUUUAUUGAUUAAAAAGAAACGAUAACAAAUCAAUAAACUGAAGAAAAUGAAGAAAGAGUUUAUUGCUUGACCGUAAACGCUUCUGCGUUAUUUCUAAGGUUGAUUUCUCUUAUAAAUAUAUACUCUAUAUACAGUAUUGACAAACGUAUAAUGUAGGAGAAAGGCAUAACUUAGUGUAUAUUGAAUUUCCCCAAAACAGAAACACAAAAUAUUAUAUUUAGGAUGUAUACUUUAUUGAAAAUAAAUUAAAGAAAUUAAACCAAUACAUGAAUGAAAAAAAUGUACAGUUAUGUAAUUUACAUAAGCACAAUGAAAUUGCAGAUACAUUAUUAUUGUUAAAAUAUGCAUGAAUGUCUCUUCUGCAAGAUUAUAAGCAUCACAAAGCAAAUGAUGCAAAUUAGAAAUAGCUACUUUUUUUUUUCGUGCCUACAAGCUAUAACGUAUCUCUGGCUGACCAUUAAAGGGGGAGAGUAACCACUGGGAUAUGAACUGUCCUCAAACAAAAUAGAAUAAUCUAAAUUACUGGAUGUGGGCAAUUCAUGGACUAUACCCUUAUAAAAACAAGUUGUUUGAGGGUAUAAAGCAUAGACAGUUGUUCCUUUUGGGAAAAGAGCAUAGGAAUCUGUAUCUGGGCUUGCUUUAUACUUAGGUAAAGGUACAAGGCGUCUCUUUCCGAGAGUAUGCCGCUCUUUACCUUCUUCGGCGUCGACGUCAUCAAUGUCGUAUUUACCCGUUGCCGAGUUAAAUGAAACAACCUAAAAAAAAUAAUAAAUAUUAUUAUUUUUAGAUUUCAUUAGACGUUUUCUCCUAUAACGAUUGAAUAAAUUUAAUACAAUAAUAUUUCUCUAUUUUACUUUAUUUAAUAUCAUGAAAAAUAUGACUAUAAAAGGAAGAAAGCGGAACUUUUAAAGUAAACUUCCUAUAAUACUUUUUUUUCAUUUUUCACUUAAAUAUUUCAGUGAUUAAUUUAGCAAAAACUUUUCGAUGAUCUCCAUCAACUAAA